AUGAUGCUCAGGAAUGCGUCUCGCUUGAUAAAGACAUCUACUCUACUCCACCGAACAUUUGCAACCGUCGCCCCAUCAGAAUCUUAUAAAGUGGUGGUCAUAGGGGGAGGGUCUGCUGGCUUGUCUGUCGUCGGCCAGCUAGCUCGCGAUGGAUUAUUCCAAACGAAAAAAGAUAUAUGUGUCAUUGAUCCCUCUUCUGUUCACUACUACCAACCAAUGUGGACAUUCGUUGGGGCUGGACUCAAGACUUUGGAUAGCAGCAAGAGGAAUAUGAAGGAUUUGAUUCCUCCACAGGCUCAUUGGGAACAAACAUCAGUCAAAAAAGUGGAUCCUGCUCGCUCCGUCGUCAUCACCGCCAACGGAAAGGAAAUCAAAUAUGAUAAACUGGUGCUGGCUGCUGGACUUGAGUUACGGUUUGACAAGAUUGAAGGGUUGACUAAUGCAAUUGGGAAGGAUGGUGUGUGUUCAAACUAUUCGGCUGAUUAUGUGGAAAAGACUUAUGAGUUCGCAAAAGCGUUCAAAGGCGGCAACGCAAUCUUCACUCAACCAGCCACAGCAGUCAAAUGUGCUGGUGCUCCACAAAAAGUAAUGUACCUCUCUGAAGAAAUCUUCCAAGCCAAUGGCGUCCGAGACAAGACGAACGUCAGUUUCUUUUCUGGAGUUGGCAAGAUCUUUUCUGUUGAAAAGUAUGCCAAUGAGUUACUUAAAGUAUGUAAAUCCCGAAACAUCAAUGUCAACCUGCUACAUGAUCUGGUUGCUGUUGAUGGGGUCAAGAAGGAAGCUACAUUCAAAAUGAUGGGUGAUUUGGCAAAGAAUCCGCCACUGACUGUUAAAUAUGAUUUCUUGCAUGUUACACCACCUAUGGCGCCACCUGCAUUCAUCGCCGAGUCUGGCCUCGCCAAUGCUGAUGGAUGGUGCGAUGUAAACAAGGAAACAACAAAGUCAUCAAAAUAUGAUAAUAUAUACUCGUUGGGUGAUUCAAGCUCUAUGCCAACCAGCAAAACUGGUGCCGCAGCUGCUGCGCAGAGUUACGUCACUGCUACCAACUUGCUGACAGACUUGAAAACGCCUGGUCAAGCUCUACCUGCCAAGUAUGAUGGGUAUACGUCUUGCCCUUUGGUGACUGGUAAAGGGAAACUGAUACUGGCAGAAUUCUCAGGCUACACAUUCGUACCACAAGAAACAUUCGCAUUUGAUCAGAGCAAAGAGCGUGCAUCUACUUAUUAUAUGACUUCGGAACUAAUUCCAGCCAUCUAUUGGAAUGCCAUGGUCAAGAGGGGCUUAUGGAGAGGUCCAGGACCAUAUAGAAAACUCCUCAACCCCUUCUCAUCUUAA